GUAGCCCCGCCCUCGUAGCUGUGGCCCCGCCCCCGGUGAAGCCGACUCCUGACCGUGCAGACAGAGGGAGCAGCUACUGCUGCUGCACCGCCGGAGAAGAAUCGGCGGGGGGUUGAUGGUGGUGGCGGUGUCGGUGAGGAGCGUGGCGAGCGCGCUGCUGGUGAUGCUGUGGAGUGAGGGAGUUUCCGCCCACGAUGGAGAAGCAGCGGCGGCAUUGGCUGGACACCAUGGAGUUCUUAGACGGAGAUUAGCUGCCCGUGAUGGAGCCUGCGCUCGACCGAGACCCGUCAGCAGCCACGCCGUCGCACAGCGCGGCGGCCGCCCGCAGGCAGAGCCGUGCCGUAGCAAACCCCGGCGCCGCGACACCAACGGCAGCUCGCUUCCGCCCCGGACGCGGACGCGUAGCGCCGAGAGCGGCAGCUCAAGCGAACGACGGCUAACUCGCGGCAGCCCCGCCGAACGCAAUGCGGUGGCAGCGGGCUGACGGGGCAGCGGACGGCGCGCCCGGCUCGCGCCUCGAACCACCUCGCCAUCGCCGCCAUCGCCGCCACGCGCGCCCGUCAGCCAACCUCCCGCCCCUUCCCGCGUGGAAUUCGGCGCUCGUUCCGACGCGGCGUGCCGCCGACUAGGAUCCGGCGCAGGCCCCGCGCGCGAACCAUGGACUCGCCGCCGCCGCCGCCGCCGCCGCCGCCUGGCCUCAACGUCACCGAGUGCACCGCGGACGCGCACUUCAAGAACACGUUCUACGCCGUCGCCUACAGCCUGGUGUUCGUGGUGGGGCUCUGCGUGAACGGCGUCUCCUGCUGGGUGUUCUGCCGCCACAUCAAGUGCCACUCGGAGACCACCAUAUACAUGUCCAACCUCGUGGUGUCGGACCUGCUUUUCGUGGGCUCGCUGCCGCUGCGCGUGCUGUACUACGCGCGUGGCGGGCUGUGGCCCUUCGGCGAGCUCGCGUGCAAGCUGAGCAAGGCGGUCUUCCUCGUCAACAUGUACGGCAGCGUCCUCUUCCUCACGUGCAUCUGCGCCGACCGCUUCCUGGCCAUCGUGCACCCGCUACGCUCCCGCCCGCUGCGCACGCCGCGCAUCGCUCGCCUCGUCAGCGCCGCCGUGUGGCUCUUUGUGGCGCUGUGCGGGGCGCCGGUGUUCGCCCUGCGCGCGGCCAACGUGCCGCCGCCGCCGCCGCCGCCGCCGCCGUCGGACGCCGCCGCCGCCGCCGCCGCCGCCGCCGCCGCCACCACCACCACGUGCUUCGAGAACUUCUCGCAGGAGGACUGGUCGAGGAUCGGAGCGGUGGUCGUGUUCGUGGAGCUCGUCGGGUUCGUGAUCCCGCUCUGCGUCAUGGUGUACUGCUCCUGCCAGAUCCUGCUGACCAUUAGGAAGACAUCGAUGCUGACGCAGAGCUCCCUGAACAAGGACAAGAUUCAGAAGAUGAUCGGCGCCACGCUGGCCAUCUUCGUCACGAGCUUCCUGCCGCACCACGUGACGCUGAUGCUCUACACCAUGGUGCGCACGGAGACGGUGGGCGGCUGUGCGGCGCUGCGUACCCUGCGCACCAUCUACCCCGUCACGCUGUCGCUCGCUAGCGCCAACUGCUGCCUCGACCCCGUCAUUUACUACUUCACCACGGAGACGUUCAGGCAGACGCUGAGCGGCAGGCGGGCGCUGUUCCGCAAGCUCACGGAGCGCCGCUCCGUGGGCUUCUUCGAGGAGAACGGAGAGGCCGAGACCGGCGUGUGACCGGGCUGGGAGGAGCAAGAGGGCGGGCCCGCGUUACGUUCGCGACGAAAACCCCCAUGGGACGGUCAAGGAUACCGACUCGCGGCUUGCUGGCUUGUUGGGACGAGCACGUGUGGGACGAGCGCGUUUGGGUUAAGCGCAUGUGCACGCGUGCGCGCCUGAUCUCGAAAAGAGGGCGGCAAACAACCCCAGAAUGUGAAGGAUUUGACUGUUCACAGAGACCUGAGACACUGGAGUGUGGUGUGUUGCCCGAGAGAGCCUUGACACUGGUGUGUGUGUGUGUGUGCGCACGCACUACAAACCCGGCGGCCCGAGUUCGAUUCC